GUAAACAGGAAGAAUCUGCGGAAACUAGGGCUUAUCUAAAAGACUAAUAGAGAUAUUCACUGGGAAAAAUAUAUACUUUAUGAAUAGUAAAUGUAUUUUUUUAGUGUACAAGUAUGUCAACAAAUAUGCAAUAUUACAUGAUAUUAUUCUAAAUUCAGUAUUUUAGCACAGCGUUAGACAGCAUUGCCAUCAACGUUAGCCAACGAGCAAGCUAACGUUACCUAGCCAUAUUUUUUUGACAGAUUGACAACUGAAGCUAGCAAGCAUCUAGCUGUCGUUUCGUUUUACUAGAAAAUAGUUUGCAUUAAUCUAAUUUGGACAGACAAGUCGAGCAAUAUUUUUUGUACGCUGAGGCCUGUGAGCAACGGGUAUUAUUAGUAAACUACACGGUUCAUUUCCUCUCUCCUCCAAGUACUCGCGAUGGCCUAACCUAUCACCGGAAUUUCAGGUCAAACUCCCCUCUUGUUCAAACACAGUUUUUUUUCUCUCAACCCUGUCUGGUGCUACAACAGACCGUCUGUAGAAAUGGUUCAGAAAGACACGGCGGUGGUGGAGACGUCUCAAGUGGAGACUGUGGCGAGCCCAUGUUCGGGGCCAUCUGAGGCUGGUUCCGAAGCACCUGGCCUCGUGGAAGAACCGAUAAACAUCGGGGUGGAGCUUUCGGUCCGCAGGAAAUUCAUCAGUGGAGUCGUGGAGGGCUUCUACGGCCGGCCAUGGACAAUGGAACAAAGGAAAGAGCUGUUCAGGAGACAGCAGAAAUGGGGCUUGAACACAUACCUCUACGCUCCUAAAGAUGACUACAAGCACAGGAUGUUCUGGAGAGAGAUGUACUCAGUAGAAGAAGCAGAACAGCUGAUUACCCUGAUCAGUGCUGCAAAGGAGUAUGGGAUUGAGUUCAUCUAUGCCAUCUCCCCGGGCCUCGACAUCACCUUCUCUAGCCAGAAAGAAGUGUCCACACUCAAAAGGAAACUGGACCAGGUGACUCACUUUGGCUGCAAGUCAUUUGCCUUACUGUUUGACGACAUUGACCACAACAUGUGCCCCGCCGACAAGGAAGUGUUCAGCUCUUUCGCCCAUGCCCAGGUGUCCAUCACCAACGAGAUCUUUCAGUACCUGGGAGAGCCUGAGACCUUUCUCUUCUGCCCCACAGAGUACUGUGGAACGUUCUGCUACCCCAAUGUGGCCCAGUCCCCCUACCUGCACACAGUGGGAGAGAAGCUGCUGCCUGGUAUUGAAGUGCUGUGGACAGGUCCUAAGGUGGUAUCGAAAGACAUCACAGUGGACUCCAUAGAGGAGGUCUCUAAAAUCCUGAAGAGAGCUCCGGUAAUCUGGGACAACAUCCAUGCCAACGACUACGACCAGAAGCGUCUGUUCCUGGGUCCGUACAAGGGGCGCUCCACGGAGCUCAUCCCCCGCCUAAAGGGGGUUCUCACCAACCCCAACUGUGAGUUCGAGUCCAACUUCGUGGCCAUCCACACCCUGGCCACCUGGUACAAGUCCAACAUGAACGGAGUGCGCAAGGAUGUCGCCAUGACAGAUGGAGAGGACAGUACCUUGUCUAUCCAGAUCAAGCUGGAGAAUGAGGGCAGUGAUGAGGAGUUGGAGACAGACAUGUUGUACAGCCCUCAGCUGGCCCUGAAACUGGCCCUCACAGAGUGGCUGGGGGAGUUUUUGGUGCCUCACCAGUACAACAGUCGCCAGGUACCCCUCAGCGGAGCUAAGGGUUCAGCUAUUGACGUAUCAUCACAAGGCGCCUCCUCCCUCUGCUCUGGUACUACAGUCACUACAGUGUUCCAACAGCCCAUCAUGGCCCCCACAGGUGCCCCCGACCCCAACAACCACCCCACGGCCAAGAGUCUACAUCAACAAGAGGUGGAGGAGCUGGCUGUUGAGAAGGAGUGUGACGAAGAGCCCAUGGAGAUGGUUGUGGAGAAACUAGAUGAGACGGGCCCAGAACCAGACCCUGUAGCAGAGGCUGAAACUGAGACCAAGAACAGCCUGGUCCUUUUAGACAACAUGGUGGAGGAGCUGAAGCCCAUGGACACAGACAGGGAGGUCCUAGUUCCUGAGUCCAGGUCUCCAGAGGAGGACGUUGACAUGGCCCCCAUGCAGACAGACGAACAGCUCAAACAGGAUGUUUUUGUGCCUGGUCCCGAUGAGAAGGCAUUGUACACGGCAGAGCCUCUUUCUCUGGAGGACCUGACCCUGCUAGCUGAGCUCUUCUACCUGCCCUAUGAGUACGGACCCAAGGCCCUGCACAUGCUCAAGGAGUUCAAUUGGCUACGGGCCAACUGCAGCACCGUCAGCGUCAACUGCAAGGGCAAGGAGCCAGAGAAGGUAGCGGAGUGGCAGUCCCGGGCGGUGAAGUUUGAGGAGAUGUGUUGUUCGGUCAUCCAGAUGUUCACCAGGCUGUCUAACUCAGCCAACCGCACCAUCCUUUACGACCUCUACCCCUACAUCUGGGACAUCAAGAGCAUCAUGUCCAUGGUCAAGUCCUUUGUCCAGUGGCUAGGGUGCCGUAGUCAGGCCACUGCACAGUUCCUUAGUGGAGACCAAGAGCCUUGGGCCUUUAGGGGCGGUCUAGCAGGAGAGUUCCAGAGAUUCUUGCCGAUCGAUGGGGCAAACGAUCUUUUCUUCCAGCCUCCCCCCGCACUGCCAACAUCCAAAAUCUAUUCCAUCAGGCCCUGCUAUCCUAAAGAUGAGCAUGCAGUGUAUAAGAUCUGCAGAGAGAUGUACUCUGAAGGAGUUGAGGAACUGCCCUUCUGUGGAGAGGAGCCAGACCUCAUAGGAGACAGGUUAGUAGGAGGGUUCCUGAACCUGAGUCCAGACUAUGGGUUUGUCCUGGAGGAUGAGGAGGGGAUCUGUGGUUACGCUCUAGGCACCGUGGACGUCAAGCCCUUCGUCAAGAAGUGUAAGAUGAGCUGGAUCCCCUCCAUGCAGGAGAAAUACAACAAGCCUGACUGCCAGAAGGACCUCUCUGAGGCUGAGAAGAUGAUGUUGAGUUUCCAUGAGGAGGAGGAGGGCCUCCCAGAGUCAUUCCUCUCCAACUUCCCGUCCCUCAUUAAGAUGGACAUCCAUGCCAAGGUCAUCGAUCCCAGCGUGGCCAAGAGCAUGAUGGGAUGCCUGCUCUCCUCCCUCAAGGCCAAUGGUUCCAUCGGUGCGUUCUGUGAGGUGCGUCAGGCAGACAAGAGGAUGAUAGACUUCUACAGUAAGCUGGGCUGCUUCGAGGUCGCCAAGAUGGAGGGCUUCCCCAAAGACAUCAUAAUAAUGGGCCGCAUCCUCUGAGGACAACGACGUCAUCACGGGACGCAGCUUCUGAGACCCAAGCAACCACGGAGCUGUGUAGAGAGCUUCAGUCAUCUGGGCUAAGGAUAACUGUCUGUUACCUUUACAAAACUACCAAUACUUGACGAUUUUAUACUUCAACCACCUGGACUAGACAAGGCUAGAGGCAUCCCAUUUUUUAGAUAGUGUUCAGAAACACAGCAGCUUGUACAGAUUCACUGUGCUGCCGCUAGAGGCCCAGAGCUCUGCCGGAUUGAAACAGAAUCCAAAACUGUAAGAGCCACAGUAGUCGUCUGCAGCCCUGUAAAGCCGUGUGUAUUUAUGGCGGACGAUUUCCCUCCGUCAUUGGUCUCCAGAAUGGAGUGGCAGUGGCUGAUCCCCAUGCGGCUGCAGGAAGUAGGAGCUGGUCAGGUGCCAUCCGCUCCCAUUAGCCUUUCAGACCCUGUGACCUGACUGUCAGCAGCUGAAUGGGGGUCCGUCUGUCUCUCACAGUCAGGGGGUGUAUUUAGAUACUGCUGCAUCUCAAAUUGCACCCUAUUCUCAAUGUAACACAUUACUUUUGUCUGGUUGAAGGUAGUGCAGUGUAGCGAGAAUAAGGAGUGAUUAGAGACUUGGUCGUAUAUCCUGACACUGCACUCUGGUUAGGCCUAGCUGACAGGGGGGGAAGUUGGGGGGAAAAGGGGCCUUUAAAAAAAAAAGGGGCCUCUUUUGAACAGGUGGUCCCCCUAGCUUACUGAGUAAAGAGUGGUUUAUGCUUCCACCUAUACUGUAGAGUUUUCAACUCCCGAGUAUGAAAAAACAUUUGUCUCUUUGUGGUGUGUUACAGGUUCCUCAAUAGUUUACUUAAACAGUGUCAGACAUGCAGAGGAAAGCAUAUGUUGGAGUGUUCAAGGAGACUUCUGGAGACUUUAGUAGAUAGUUGUUUUCUGGAAACCCACCUGAGUAGAAAUGGAUAACCUUGAAGAUGUGGAAGUGGUCACGUAUGUUUCCACUCACUAAAAACAUGGUUCUCAGUCUAUUCCUUUAACUCUUUGCUUUUGGCCAUGCUUUUUUACAGUACUUUUUUAUGUUUGUAUAUUGCUUUUCUAUUGCCUUUUGGUUAAUUGCCUUUCAAUAUGAUUUUUGUACCUGUGGAUAUCUCCAAGGGGCCUAUUGCGCUGUACUGCAGAUCACAGGUGAUUAUCAUGCACUCUUAUCUACUGUCAAUCCACCUGACUAAUACAUAAGGGAACAUGAGAAUGUGUGCGUUCAUUUUAGCUUGCCCGGUGCCCUGGGUGGUCUCAAAUGGGCAAACUCCGCCCUCCCGGUGCACGCUAAAACGAACAUACCUUGCCUCAAAGGUGGGCCAUCUGCUCUAAAAUGUCUCUAGAUUUUGUCACUAAUCCAGUGCUCUGGCUCUUAAACCAAGAGAGGUGCCUAAUCUCAAUCGUUUUUCUAAUGUGAAAAUAGGCCAAAACAGUUUAGAUGCUUCAGCACUCCUGCUAUAAUACAGCUGCUCUAUUUCUCAACUUCAUUAGAUGCGCUGAGGAACAUUAGCCACUAACCUAAUUCUUAUCCAGGAGGACAGAAUAGAAAGAUACUAUGUAGAACAGAUGUGAUUCCAUGGCAAGCAGAAUGAGGAACCAUUUUGGCUGUGUACACCACAUUUCUAUCUGCAACACCAUACAACAUUGCACCCACUUGAAUAUCAUGCUACUGAGAGGCUGCUCUUCUCCUGGUUAGGACACUACCUACAUAGACAUGUCAAUUCAAACAUGCUGUUAAAGGAAUAUGAAAAUAAGACAAAUGUAUUUGGUUACCUAAUUUUGUCUUCUGCCUUUUGUAUUUUCUCAACGGGCACAAUCCUGAAUGUUUAUAAUCAGUCUAAACAUUUAACUAGUUAGAUUGCAGUCCUUUUAGUCUGCUCUAUUCAUCCAACCCAUCACCCUCUGGACUAGUAUUAUUCUGUGGUGGACAAGUAAGUACGUUUCCCAGAGAGAAUAGCAACAUGUAUCCUCCUAGUUCUCCACUGGUAUUGAAUGAUUUACUUUUUCUUAAGUAUAUAACAUCAGAUAUUUUGUCAUUGCUUGUGCUAUUUUGAAGAUUCCUUUUUUUCCUGCCUCUGGUGAUUUUGAAGGUAUAGCUGCAAUUGAAAGUGCUUCAAUUGUAGGCCUACAUUGAUGAUACAUACAUUGACAUUGUUAGUUUUUUUGGUGGGGAGGCAUUUAUUGAUAAAAAUGUACACUUUGUAUGUAAACGGAAAGUUGUGGUUAAUAAACAAUGAACCCAUGAAAA